AUGGAGAUGGGGACAUUAUUAUUGCAAGCCAACCAAACUUCCAUAGAUGAACAAAUAUUACUUGAAGAAGGAAUGUCAAGCACAACUAAUGAGGGCAUUGAUGUGCCAUACAUACCUCAUCUUGCUGAAGAAGUAGCAGAUUUCAUAAUUGAAGACAAUACGGAAAGGAAAAAGAUUUCAAAACAAAAAGAUCAGAACCGAGAGUACCUGGUUACCUGCGUAGAUGACACUUGCACCUGGUUUGUGAGAGCAUCUAAGUACAAAGACCAAGAUUUAUUCAAGAGUAAACAUGGGAUACACAAAAUCAUGGAGAUCAAGAGAGAAAGCUUUGCAACUAGAUUGGCUAUUGUUUCUGACAGACACAAGACCAUAGACUAUGCAGUACAUAUGGUGUACCCAAAUGCUUCCCAUGGAGCUUGCAUGUUUCAUUUGCUCAAUAAUUUGAAAAGAAAGUAUGGAAACCAUGGAGAAGAGCUACAAAUGAAUUUUAUUGAAGCAACAAAGGCAUACACAAAAACAAAAUGUGAACGUUUCAUGAAAGACCUUGAUAGACUUGACAAACGCAGUAGACCCUACUUAGAGAAGGUCGGGUAUGAAACACGAGCAAGAUCAUACUCGCCAACAAAAAGAUACUCAAUGAUGACAUCCAACAUCGUAGAAUCACUCAAUGCUGCACUAAAAGUUGCAAGAGGUCUCCCCAUUGAUAUCUUUGUCGAAUGCCUUAGAAGCUUGGUUCAAAAAUGGGUUUGGACCAACUCAAAUAAUCCAAACGGAACAUUCACAAAAGUCUCUACAUCAACAAAAAAUGAGUUGAGGCAUGACAUUAUUUCAAAAAUGAAGUAUGAGGUCUUUCCUUUCAAACCAAUAGAAUACCAAGUUCGUGAUGAAAAAGAGGUCAAUUUUACAGUAAAUAUGCAAAAUAGAACAUGUACUUGCAAUAGGUUUCAAGAAGAUGAAAUGCCUUGUGGACAUGCAAUAGCUGUAAUUGCAAAGAGAAACUUGAGAGUCUAUGAUUACUGUGCAAAGUUCUACAAAAUCGAAACAUUGAAAGUAUUAUAUCAAGAAAAUGUUCAUCCUUUGCCUCAUAAAGAUGAAUGGAAUCUCCCACAACACUUGGACAUAGUGAUGCUACCUCCAAAGGAAACAAUCCUUGCAGGAAGACUAAGAAAGAAAAGAAUAAGAUCAAGAGGGGAACCAAAUGUAAUAUUCAAUUGUGGGAACUGUGGGCAACCGGGACAUACCAGGAAGACUUGCAGGAAUCCUCCAAUUGAGAAGCCAAACAAGCAGAAAAAGUAA